UUCUACAUACUCCUAAUUCAUUUCUUCCAAUUAGUUAAAGUGACUUCUUCUCAUUUUCCCUCUUUACACAUUCAAAUACAUCCAUAUCCUUCUCCCUCUGCCUUAUUUUUCUCUUUUAUUUUUUUUUCUAAACCCAAUUAUUUGAUUUUAGUUUGUUCAUAGGAUAUUUGUUGAAAGAAAAAAGGAUGAAGGGAAAUACUGGAAAUCCACUAAGUUUGACAUCCUUGAAUCACAUAUCCCUUGUUUGCACAUCACUUGAAGAAUCCAUUGAUUUUUACAAGAAUGUUCUUGGAUUUGUUCCCGUGAGAAGACCAGGAUCAUUCAAUUUUAAUGGCGCUUGGUUGUUUGGUCAUGGCAUAGGGAUUCAUUUAAUUCAGUCGGAAGGUACAGAAAAAUUACCAAAGAAAACUGAAAUUAAUCCCAAGGACAAUCAUAUAUCUUUCCAGUGUGAGAGAAUAGAUGCAGUUGAGAAAAAGUUGACAGAAAUGGGGAUAAAAUACGUGAGAAACCUAGUGGAAGAAGGAGGGAUAUACGUGGAUCAACUCUUUUUCCACGAUCCAGAUGGCUUCAUGAUUGAGAUUUGCAACUGUGACAAACUUCCUGUCAUUCCACUUGUUGGGGAGAUGGCUAGGUCUUGCUCCAGACUUAAUCUUCAUCAACCUCAGACAGUAUCACACCAACAACCCAUUAAUGUACAUGUCCAAGUUCAAACCUUAAACUAGAUUAAUUGAUGUUCCUUGGUUUAAGGGUUAGUUAGCUAAUUAGAAUGGUUGUUAUUAGAAUUGAACUUUAAUUUCUUUUAGAAGGUUGGCUUCUUUUCUUAGUUUUUCAUCUUGUAAUAGCGUUAGUGAUUGGUACUUGUAAUAAUAAGUUUGGCAAUUGUCGAAAUGGUUGAGUGGAUGA